AUGGGCUCCGUGGGAAGCCAGCGGCUCCAGGAAGCUGGUACAGCAAGCCCGUGGGACAGGAGCAUGGUCAUGAGCUUCAGCUUCGACGGCGGCCAGCUGGAGGAGGUGGCAGUGGGUACUGCUCGAGGCCAGGCUGAUGGGCCCGGGGGCACCCCAGUUUCUCCAGACUCUGCGGUGGAGGAGCCAGUCCCGGACGAUCCCUACCACGCCAUCUACUUUGCGAUGCUGCUGGCUGGCGUGGGCUUCCUACUGCCAUACAACAGCUUCAUCACCGACGUGGAUUUCCUGCAUCACAAGUACCCAGGGACCUCGAUUGUGUUCGAUAUGAGCCUCACCUACAUCUUGGUGGCACUGGUGGCCGUGCUCCUGAACAACGCGCUCGUGGAGAGACUGAGCCUGCACACCAGGAUCACCGCCGGCUACCUCCUGGCCUUGGGCCCCCUCCUGUUCGUCAGCAUCUGUGACGUGUGGCUGCAGCUCUUCUCUCACGACCAGGCGUAUGCCAUCAACCUGGCCGCUGUGGGCACUGUGGCCUUCGGCUGCACAGUGCAGCAAUCCAGCUUCUACGGGUACACAGGGAUGCUGCCCAAGAGGUACACCCAAGGGGUGAUGACCGGGGAGAGCACGGCGGGCGUGAUGGUGUCCCUGAGCCGCAUCCUCACGAAGCUGCUGCUGCCGGACGAGCGCGCCAGCACGCUCAUCUUCUUCCUGCUGUCCGCCGGCCUCGAGCUGCUCUGCUGCCUGCUGCACCUGCUCGUGCGCCGCAGCCGCUUCGUGCGCCGCCACACGGCUCGGCCCCGCGACUGCCGCCCGGCCGGGCCCCGCUACCGCGUGCACCACGACGUCGCCGCCGGGGACGUCCGCUUCGAGCACCAAGGCCCAGCCCCGGCCAACUGUGGGUCCCCGAAGGACAGCCCGGCCCACGAGGUGACCAGCGGCCGCGGGGGAGCCUACACGCGCUUUGACGUGCCUCAGCGGAGAGUCAAGCGGAGCUGGCCCUCCUUCAGAGCCCUGCUGCUGCACCGCUACGUGGUGGCCCGCGUCAUCUGGGCCGACAUGCUGUCCAUCGCCGUCACUUACUUCAUCACGCUGUGCCUGUUCCCGGGUCUCGAGUCCGAGAUCCGCCACUGCAUCCUGGGCGAGUGGCUGCCCAUCCUCAUCAUGGCCGUCUUCAACCUCUCUGACUUCGUGGGCAAGAUCCUGGCGGCCCUGCCGGUGGACUGGCGGGGCCCGCACCUGCUGGCCUGCGCCUGCCUGCGCUUGGUCUUCAUCCCGCUCUUCAUCCUGUGCGUGUACCCGAGCGGCGCGCCCGCCCUCCGCCACCCCGCCUGGCCCUGCGUGUUCUCGCUGCUCAUGGGCAUCAGCAACGGCUACUUCGGCAGCGUGCCCAUGAUCCUGGCGGCCGGCAAAGUGAGCCCCAAGCAGCGGGAGCUGGCAGGGAACACCAUGACCGUGUCCUACAUGACGGGGCUGACGCUGGGCUCGGCCGUGGCCUACGGUACCUACAGCCUCACGCGGGGCACCCGCCGCAGCUGCUUCCCCGCCACCGCCAACGCCUCGCUCCCCGCCGGGCCCUGAGCCGGGCCCGCCACCUGCAGUGCCUGCUGCCACCCGGGGCCCCGCCAGCCCUGCGCCCUCUGGCUGCACCCAGGGGCCCCAGCCCUGGGGGGUCACUCACAGCCAUCCCCACCCAGGAGAGCAGACACCAGCCAGUGUCCCCGCCUGGAGGCCCCCGCCCCCCUUCACACCAUCCGUGGCACCUGUGAGGGUGCACCUGAGCCAGCCCUUCCUUCAUGGGGGCCCCUCGUCCUGAGCGUGAAGACCUCAGUGGAGAGGGUCCA